UACGUUGUGACGAGACGCGCUUCUACGCCUUUACUCCCGUGUUGUUAUCAGGAUUCAGAAUAGUGUUAUGUCCCCUGGAGGGAAGAAGAGUCGGGCUCGGAGUCCACAGGAACUUUAUGACGAAAUAAAAGAACUCUUGAUCAAGACAAAACCAAAGCUAAAGGACGGAACUACCAGGGAUGAAACCAUAACGAGGGAUUUACAUAAGAUCGCAUCGCUUGCACAGACAUUCACAGAACAGCGCCUAAAGUCGAGCAAAAAGAGCCAGUUAUCAGAUUUCCUUGAUCAGGAAGGUGUCAGCCUGUGGAAUGCGUCCGGUGCGGUCCGUCAAGGCUCUGCACCUGACAGCCGCGUUGUCGUCGCCGCUUUGCGGCUAGCUGGAUUUCGCCUCAUGGAAGCAGGGUUAGAACCUAAGCCUGAGACUGAAGCAUUAUUACAUAUUCUUCAAAUCGCGAGUAAGGCUGGCGCAACCCUGUCCGGUGUGUUUUGAGCCCAAUCAUAUCUCGUAUCUCCAAAUAUCAACAUUGCGUCCACGGGUCCAGAACUCGGCCACAAUGACACUGCAUCGGGCGUGCUGAGUUGUGCG